ACGUCACACACUGGUUUCUGCUGCGUUGGGCCGCAGUUUGGUCAGAACAGGACAACUCUCUGUACUCUGCCACUUUCUCCAACAGAUCAGCAGCUGCUGGAUUAAAAUCGCCAAAAUGGGCAACUGUCAACCUACAGUCGUGCCCUACGAGGACUUUGAUGUCGUAGCUGACAUCAAGGGCAUCCGCAAAGCCUGUAAAGGUCUUGGAACUGAUGAGCAGGCCAUUAUUGACAUUCUGGCAAACCGCAGUUCAGCUCAGCGGCAGGAAAUUAAACAGGCCUAUUUUGAAAAAUACGAUGAUGAGUUAGUAGAUGUUCUGAAGAAGGAGUUGUCAGGAAGCUUUGAGAAGGCCAUCCUUGCCAUGCUGGACCCACCUGUUGUCUACGCUGUGAAGGAGCUGAGGAAGGCCAUGAAGGGACCGGGCACCGAUGAAGACGUUUUGGUGGAGAUACUCUGCACCGCCACCAAUGCUGACAUUGCCAUGUUCAAGGAAUGCUACUUCCAGGUGCAUGAACGUGAUCUGGAAGCAGAUAUUGAGGGAGAUACAAGCGGGGAAGUAAGAAACCUGCUCACAGCUCUUUUGCAGGGCAACAGAGAUGAGAGCUAUGAGGUGGAUGAGGAUCUGGCUGAACAAGAUGCUACAUCCCUGUUUGAGGCUGGUGAGGGAUGUUUUGGGACAGAUGAGUCCACCUUCACCCAUAUCCUGGCCACCAGAAAUUACCUGCAGCUCCAGGCCACCUUCAAGAUCUAUGAACAGCUCUCUGGAACUGAAAUCCUGAAUGCCAUUGAGAGUGAGACUUCUGGGACACUGAAAAGAUGUUACAUUGCUCUUGUGAGAGUUGCUAAGGACCCUCAGCUCUACUUUGCCAGACGUCUGAAUAAGGCAAUGAAAGGGGCAGGCACUGAUGAGGACACCCUUAUACGUAUCAUUGUGUGUCGCUCUGAGUAUGAUUUGGAGACCAUCAAAGACUUCUACCUGGAGAAAUAUGAUGUGUCUUUGAAGGACGCCCUGAAGGCCGAGUGCAGCGGGGACUUUAAACGCCUCCUCCUGGCUAUUUGCCACUGAGAGCUGGAGAGGCAGGCAGUGGUGGAGGUGGAAGAAAGAAACAGCAGAGUAUGGGAGCACUGCUGCUUUCUGUCUAACACCACUCAUGUGACAUUAUGUAGGGAGCAGGAGGGUAAACUGCUGAAAUCAUUAACCAUGUCUUUUCCAAGUAACCUGAGUUACCAUAAAUGUGAGUGACUCAUUUUUAACCUCUUUUCAACUAGAUUUCAUUGUCUAGGACUAAUGUGUCUAUGAAACUGUGUCUGUCACAUACUGCCCAUUUCUUACUCUGGCUCUUAACACCUUUACCAGCAUUUACAACAUAGUGUGUAAUUUUUUGUCACCUUAAACAAGCACCAAAUUAAUAUAUUUCCAGUGUUCACAGCAGCAGACUAUAGUCGCACAGAUUACAUGAGAAUGAUGUGAUCAGGUGCUUGAAGACCUGAUGGGAUAAUCACCUUGUAAAGAUAAGACAUGGGGGGAAAGGCUGCCAUAGCAUAGGUGUGUGUUUCUGCUAAUACAUAUACUAACACUGAUGCAUUAUUUUCAUAAUAUAUUGUACCGUUUUAGACAAUUCUCUGUCAACUUUAGAUUUAUUUUAUAUAUCACCCUCCUCUUCCCAAACUCAGUGACUGUUACAUUUCACAGCUGCUAAACCCAAUGCAAUCACUCCUUAGACAUUUGUGCAUAUUAAUGAAGAAGCAGGAAAAGUUGUAAUGAAAGAGUUUAACUGGCAUCAUGAAAGAUAUGCGGUGUAAUGUGAAUGGAUUUUAUGUUCACAACUUAAGCACUGAAGACAUUCUAUAGUUUAUUGAUUAAAAGUACAGUGUGUGGCAUUUUAUCCUAUACAACUAGAAAACUUGACAUAUACAAAUUCACCUCACCUUGUUAUUUAUUUCUUGUAUUUCUUUUAUGGUUAACAUGCUGUAUUUAAUAUAUGUCACUAUAUAGUCAGUAUUGGAGCAUGUAUGAGAAGAAACCUGAUGUUUAGGGGAGCUGAACAUAACAUCUUGACAUUUGUGAUGUCUGUGCCCUAUGUCUGUCUAUAUGAGGCAGCUGAUAUUUCUUAAACCACCACUAUUGUAAACUUUUUGGAGUAAGCUGAGUAGAAAAAUCAGUAAACUGCAGCACACGAGAUGGUCAAAUAGGGCGAAUUGGGUUUGUUUGUGGAAUUAGGGUUUACCUCACAAUAGCCAAAGAAUUUUGAUCUAACCACAAAUAAAGUGAUGUAAUAUCA